AUGGGGCUCAAGAGGGAUGAGCUCCUAUCAUCUCUCUCAACAUUUCCGUCCACUUCACUUCUCAGGAACUCCUACUUUAGGCCUUGGAGGACCAAUCUUCAGAGACAAGAAUCGGCCUCUACUAUUAAUUUGACCAAGGAGAAGUUUGAGGUCAUAUUGGAUGUUCAACAAUUUGCUCCAGAGGAAAUCACCGUCAAAGCAUCCAACAACAGCGUACUAGUUGAAGGCAAGCACGAGGAAAAGCAGGACGAACACGGCUUCAUCUCCAGACAGUUCACGCGCCGGUACAUCCUUCCGACCGGCUACGACAUUGCUGAUUUAGUCAGCACUCUAUCUUCUGACGGUGUGUUGACAGUAACAGCGCCAAGUCGUCCACCACCUAACUCCGGAGAACGCAUAGUUCCUAUUACGAAAACUGGCCCUGCAAAGCAACCUGAACCUCCAAAAUCAGAACAGUCCCAACCUCGCGAACAAAACGUACCUAUCGUCACUUCCCCCUAA